AUGAUUGAACACGAACAGCCCAACAUCACCGACACGGAGGUGAUAGAUCAUGAGGAGUUUCUCGAUCGCAUCAAGAAAACGCUCUACUAUGGUUCGUCCAAGGUGCGCUGCACCAAAAUCAGCCGACCGCUGGCCGACUACGCAGCGGAUGUGUUUUCCGAAACGCAUCGCGGCCAUUCCCUCAGUCGAUUGAACUUUGCGACUGUCGGCAAUCUAUCCGUGACGCCAUGCUCACUCAUCCUGGCUAUGAUCUAUCUCGAUCGUUUAAACGCCACCGAUCCGACCUUUGUUCGCCGCAUCACACCGUCGGAAUUAUUUAUAGUAUCAAUGAUGGUCUCGACCAAAUUCUACUGCGGUUACGAUGAGGACAUCUAUCUAAGUGCCUGGGCCGAGUAUGGAAAUAUGACUCCUGAUCAAAUGAAAACAUUGGAACUAGAAUUCUUGGAUGCAUUGAAUUGGAAUGCGUACGUCUCCAAGCGAGAUUUCUUUGAGAAAUUAAAAUCGGUUGAAAAGGUACUAGCAAAGCGGCAAGGUCUCACCCGUGGCUGGUUAACUUACACCGAGCUUAUCAACUUUCUACCUUCCUUUGCGAUGGCUAAACAGUUGAUACACUAUAGCACCGUGCUCGCCUUGAGCUAUACCGCCAGCGUAAUGACCAUUGCUGGAGCCUUCCUUUUAGCUAGCAAUCUACAUCUCCCAGGAAACUUGCUGUACCGAGGAGUAUCCAACAAUCUGGAAGGCAAUAACAUUUCCAGCCACUGCACACUAUCUCAUCAAACCCGACUCGACAGUAUGAUCGAUAGUUCCGUUACUGUUGACGAUACAAACACUCUGGAAGACUGCAUCUCGGAUGGGACCCUUGCCGCAUCGCAGAUAAACGCAACCCUCAAAGACUGUGAAGCGUCUUUUGCUUCCGGACAGCAACAUACGCUACUCGAACGUAAUUGGCAUAGUACAAAUCACCCGGAGGUUAAUGUUUUCUCACCGUACCGUUAUCGGAACAUACGCUUCAUUUUCGAUCCAGCCGAAGGCAAUAAUGUGGUACAACAGAUAGAUUUUAUUCAUUCCGAGCACGAGACUAAUCACGACCCGGAACGAGAAACGAAUUUCGAAUCAAAUGGCGACCCGAUGGCGGAACUUAACGGCGCUGCUGGAUCUCAAAAUUGUUCGUACGAUUGCUUCAUUCCACUGAUCGGUGGCAGUCAGAAAUGGUGUCCAGAGGGACAGCGCGAGAAUUACGAUGGUAUCUAUAAGCAUUACAAGAAGACGUACGAUGUUUUCAGUUCUCUAUUGAAAUUUUUGUAA